CUCUCUCUCUCUCUCUCUCUUCAGGUGUUUCCGUUGUGAGUUUGCACCCUACUUUGCUUAAAAUUGUGCGGUUUAUAUAUCCGGUGUCUGCUGAAAAUGAGUGUGGUUGGAUUUGAUAUCGGCAAUGAAACCUGUGUUAUUGCGGCUGCAAAGCAAGGUGGAUUGAUGUUUUGUUGAAUGAGGAAUCAAACCGUGAAACACCAGCUCUGGUCUCGUUUGGCGAGAAACAAAGGUUUAUGGGCUUAGCUGGGGCUGCUUCUGCAACCAUGAACCUAAAAUCCACAAUCUCUCAGGUUAAGAGAUUGAUUGGCAGACAAUUUAAGGAACCCAGUGUCCAAAAGGACCUGAAACUGUUGCCUUUCGAGACCUCUGAAGGACCCGAUGGUGGCAUUUUGAUUCAUAUACAAUAUUUGGAUGAGAAACAUACUUUUAGCCCCGUUCAGAUCAUGGCCAUGUUGUUCACGCAUCUAAAGCAGAUCAGUGAGAAAAAUCUGGAGACCCACAUUUCUGAUUGUGUCAUUGGUAUACCGUCGUACUUCACGGACUUGCAAAGGCGAGCCUAUUUGCAUGCCGCAGAGAUUGCUGGCUUGAAACCUUUGAGAUUGAUGCAUGACUGUACUGCUACUGCACUAGGUUAUGGUAUUUACAAGAAUGACUUACCUGCUGGAAGGCCAACUCAUGUUGUGUUUGUCGACAUUGGUCACUGUGAUACACAGGUUGCUGUUGCAGCAUUUGAACCGGGACAUAUGAAGAUACUCUCUCAUGCAUUUGAUAGGGAUUUAGGAGGAAGAGACUUUGAUGAGGUUAUGUUCAGACAUUUUGCUGCGCAGUUCAGGGAACAGUUCCAUAUUGAUGUUCCCUCUAAUGCUCGGGCUUCUAAAAGGCUGAGGGAAGCAUGUGAGAAACUGAAGAAAGUAUUGAGUGCGAAUCCAGAGGCCCAACUUCAUAUUGAAUGCUUGAUGGAUGAGAAAGAUGUCAAGGGAUUCAUAAAGAGAGAGGAAUUUGAGCAGCUGUCAUCGAAUUUGUUGGAGAGGAUUAGCAUUCCAUGUCGUAAGGCUUUGCUUGACUCUGGUAUCAAUAUGCAGAACAUUCAUACUGUCGAACUAGUGGGAUCAGGGUCUCGGAUACCAGCUAUUAAAAGGAUUUUAGCUUCUCUUUUCAAGAGAGAACCCAGCCGGACACUAAUGCAAGCGAGUGUGUGGCUCGUGGCUGUGCUCUUCAGUGUGCAAUGCUUAGCCCAAUAUUUCGUGUCAGAGAGUAUGAG